AUGCCGCUCGUCCACGAGACGCACGGGGUGUUCGUGUACCGCGUCGUCCACGGCCGCAAAGUGGCGUGCAGGACCGUCCCGCACGUCGGGGAGGAGCACGCGUUCGGCGACGGACGAUGGACGCUGAGCGGCGGCGACAUGGUCGCGGUGGACUGCGUGCAGCCCUCGCUCGUGGGGAGCAACAACGGCCCUUUCCUGCGCCUCACGAACGGCCGCGGGUGGGUCUUCGAGCGCAAGUACGGCGAGGAAGUCAUGGAGCCGAUCCCCGUAGAACGCGGCCUCUGGCCCUACCUCGUCCGCGCGCCGACGCGAGGCCUGCGCCCGCGCGCGCAGCCCACGACGCGCUCCGAGGCUGAAGACUCCGACGUCUUCCUGUACGAGGACGACGACGUCGUGUACCCGCACGGAUACGUCGUGUGGGCGGACGUCAGGGUCGUCGACGCGACGGCGUCGCCGCCCGUGACGUUCGUGCGCGUGCAGGCGCGUUCUAUCUCACACUGGUCCCCAUACGACCGCGCCGGCGUGGGGACGACGGGGUGGCUGUUCACGCUCGCGACGGACGGCGACGACGCUCAGCUCGUCCCGGUGGGCCCGAGCGGCGACUUCAACCCGCGGUAUCAGAGGCAGCCGCUGGAGGUGGAGAACGGCGAUCGGUUGGAUCUGAGCGCCGUGCGCGCGGCGGCGACGAAGCGAGGGUUGACGGAGACGUCGCACUCGCUCGUCGCGAGGCGCGUCAGCUUCGUGAAGUCGCUGAAGGACGCGGGCGGCGCCGCGCGCGGCGAGGCGCACGUCGACGUCUUCUUCGGCACGGCGACCGUCGCGACGAGGGUCCAGCACCCGCGUCUCGGGAAGACGCAGACGUUUCGAAGGCUGUGCACGAUGCGGGACGUCGAGCGCGUGUUCGCGGAUCCGAGGAACGAACGCGUGACGGGCGGCGGCGGCGGGUACAGAUACCGCCGACGGCCGUUCGACGUCGAGGACGAGGCCGCGGCCGCCGCCGCGGAGGCGGCGACGAGCGGCGCGAUGUUCGCGAAGCUCGGGAUCGCGACGCGGCCGACGACGAAGCCGAGCGCGACGCUCGGGAGCACCGGCGGCGGGCUGUUGUUGCCCACGCCGAAGGGCGGCGGCGGCGGCUUCGGAACGCUCGGGACCGGGAUGGAGACGCUGUCGCUCUCUCUGGCGUCGUCCACGAGCCCGCUGGGGUCGCCGUCCACGAACCGCGCGGCGCCGAAGACGACGGACGACGACGCGUGGACGCCGCACGACGAGGAGGGCUCGCUGCGAGGGGAACUGCGAGAGCUCGACGCAGCCAUCGCGAGGUUGAUGACGCAACGCGCGAUUCUCUCGUCGCACCUCCUCGACAUCGAGACGUCGUCGAGAGAGCGCGCGCAGAUCGACGCCAUGGUGGACGAGUCCGAGACGGGCUUCUCCGCGUCCGCGGCGGAGGCGUCGAGGACGAAGCGCCGCGGCGACCCGAGGACGGCGCGAGGCCGCGGACACGUCCGAGUCCUCUCCGACGUCAACGACGCCGACGACGACUUCAACCGCAAGUGCGGCGGGACCGAUCAGUUCGCGGACGUGAAGUUCGUCUCGCUGUUCGGCGAGGGCGACGGCUGGUUCAUCGCGCGCGACGGCGGGAACUCGUCCUGGUGCGGGCUCCCGGAGUCGCUCGCGGAUCGGCUGUGGGAGGCUGGUCGCGGCGACGACGACAUGCGUUACGCCGUCUGCGGGCCCUCGGGAGAGUACUACUGCGAGCUCCCGGACGGUCAAAAGUGGUGCCACGACGGCGCGGGCGACCGUUUCACGUCGCUCAUCGGCAAGGGCACGCGGAAGAAGACCAUCUCCCGCGUCGCGUUCGGCGAGAACGACGCGUGGAUCGUGAUCUUCACCAACGGCGCGUGCGAGUGGAACGGGCCCGUGCCCGAGGCGCUCGUCGCCGCCAUUCGCGCGACGGACGAGGCGCCGACGGAGGUGUCUCUGGGAUCCUACGGGACGUUCUUCGUCGCGUUCGCGGACGGGACGUACGACCACGACCUACCAGACGCGUGCGGGCAGUGCGUGUACGACCUCGAGGAGGAGGGGAUGACGGUGACGUGCGUGCAGCUGGCGCCGGUGGACUCGGAGGCGGGGUGGCUGGUGCGGUACUCAGGCGCGUUCUUCACUUUUUCACGCCGGUCCCCAUACGACCGCGUCGGCGUGGUGAACGCCGUUCCUUGA